UGGCAGGUGCUCAAUGGAUGUUUGCUGAAUGACUGAAUGACCGAAUGUCGAUCAUAAGUUAUGGCCAUGCCCCAUGGGCAGCAAGGCUCUGUAGCUCAUCCUGGACUCCAGUCACAUCAACACCUGGCUUCUCCUGGGUGGAUCCAGUAACCCAUUUUCCUUUGGUUUGAAGCCAGAGGUGUUCCUGGGGAGAUGGCGGAACAGCACGGAGCACCCGAACAGGCUGCAGCUGGCAAGAGCCAUGGAGGCCUUGGGGACAGCUACAAGGUGAUCGUGUACGAACUAGAGAACUUCCAAGGCAAACGCUGCGAGCUCUCGGCCGAGUGCCCCAGCCUGACCGACAGCCUGCUGGAGAAGGUGGGCUCCAUCCAAGUGGAGUCCGGGCCGUGGCUGGCAUUUGAGUCCAGGGCCUUCCGCGGGGAGCAGUUUGUUCUGGAGAAGGGUGAUUAUCCUCGCUGGGAUGCCUGGUCCAACAGCCGUAAUAGUGACAGCCUUCUGUCCCUCCGGCCUCUGAAUAUUGAUAGUCCAGAUCACAAACUGCAUCUGUUUGAGAACCCAGCUUUCAGUGGCCGCAAGAUGGAGAUAGUGGAUGAUGACGUGCCCAGCCUGUGGGCUCACGGCUUCCGGGACCGUGUGGCGAGUGUCCGUGCCAUCAAUGGGACGUGGGUUGGCUAUGAGUUCCCCGGCUACCGUGGGCGCCAGUACGUGUUUGAGCGGGGCGAGUACCGCCACUGGAAUGAGUGGGACGCCAGCCAGCCACAGCUGCAGUCUGUGCGCCGCAUCCGCGACCAGAAGUGGCACAAGCGGGGCUGCUUCCCCAGCAGCUGAAAGGCACCCAGACUUCAAGGACCCAGACCCACCCUGGGGGGCUGCAAGGGCAAGAAGAGGAGGCUCCAGGGUUGGGGCGAGGGCCGACCUGUCCACCCUUCCCUGGAAUCUGCUCAAUAAAGCCUGGGGUUGGUCCCCCACCCGCCAUGUUCCUCAGCAUCACUUCCUGAGGGAGCCAGGCCUGGGGCAGGACCUGUGGGAGAGGCUCACUGAAGGAGGCUGGGGCUUGAGCGUUCUGAGACUCCCAGGAAGGGGCUGGGAACUUUGCCCAUAUCCUAGGCUCUAAUCGUUUCAGGCAGAACCAUGUGCCCCUACUGCCCUGAUCUUGUGUUUGUCUGCUGCUGCAUGUUUCCAUCUGAACGUCUGUCAGUCUAGCUAUCCACUCACCCAUCCAUCCAUCCACCCACCCACCCACCCACCCAUUCAUCCACCCAUUCACCCACCCAUGUGCCCAUCCAUUCAUCUAC